UUGAUUGAAAGCUUUUGUGAUGUAAAUGCCAGUCCGAUGAUUGAUCACCCCAUGCAGUUCACUAACAUCAGGAGGUCUCCUGCCAUUGGUGGCUCGGGGGUCACGUGAAUGUCCCUCUUGCGUGAUAUCGUUUGAUUGCCGGCGAGCCAUGGAGGAAGUUUGCCGGGUGACAUAGUGCUUGGGGGUUUCAGGGGCAGGGAGAAUUCUGAACAGGUUGGCCGUCCAUCAUUAGCAGAUGGACAAUGCGAGGAUGAACUCUUUCUUAGAGUACGCAAUUUGUAAUCGUGGGACAGGCGCCUACUCAUCCAGGGGUUACCACCAUUCAGAACAAGGGGUAACAUCUUUCGCUCCGUGUGCAGGUAACGUUGACAAUUAUAAUGGUGAUGGACGGUUCUUAGCAGGAGGAAACGCACAUAAUACACCUCAGCAUCAGCACCAGCCAGCGAGUUACUUGCAUCACUCCGACCUGCCGAACCCAUACACCAGCCCAGGCCCCAACAACUACACGGCGCAAACUUGUAACCCCGGCUACAACCACCAUUACUUUUUCACCCAGGAGUCGGACGGGGCGUACUUUCAGACCUCAGGGUACACGGGCACGAUAGGGUCCGCUGUCAAUUCGCUUCCGAGCGCCUACUGCGGGGCCUCCGGGCCGGGACAGUACCAGCAUUCUUACGGCCAAGAGCAACAGGGCUUGGCGUUUGGAACAUAUGCUAAUCUGUCGCCAUCUCAAGAGGAGGGGAAGGAUCACACCUGCGCCUCAGAUUUGUCCUCUUCGGGCCAAACCUUUGACUGGAUGAAAGUAAGAAGAAACCCUCCCAAAACAGCCAAAAUCGCCGAUUAUGGACUAGCCGGCCCGGCGAACACAAUCCGAACCAACUUCACCACGAAGCAGUUAACCGAGCUGGAGAAGGAAUUCCACUUUAACAAGUACCUAACCCGCGCCAGGAGAGUGGAGAUCGCGGCCACGCUCCAGCUGAACGAAACCCAAGUCAAGAUCUGGUUCCAGAAUCGCAGGAUGAAGCAGAAGAAGCGGGAGAAGGAAGGCUUCGCUCCCAAUUUUCCGGCUUCUUCUGCGAAGGAGAGCGGCGACGGAUCGGACAAGUCAACAACCACAUCGCCAUCCACGUCGCCCCCCAGAUCUUCGACAUGGGAGAACAUCCAUCCCUCUUAGCUCUGCCGUCCAAACCACGAAUAAUACCAAAGGGGAACAUGACUUAAAUUCCUUCACUGUAGUUCAUUAACAAUAAUUGCCUUUUUAAUAAUACAAUAGCUUGUAUUAAACUCAGGGAAACAUCUAGAAAAAAAGAGAAUAGGCCAGCAUUGCACUUUCCACCUGUCUACGAUAUUUCGUAAUAUCACGAUAUUUUGUAAAUCACCUAUUUCGAUACCGACGGUUGUCAUAUUGUCUAACCGGCUCUGAAUAUAUAUAUUGACGUGGUUUUGGUCACCAGCCAUAAGUUGUCAAUAACUUUGCAAGGAACGGUGGUUUCACUGAGCCUUACUCUACAUGCCUAGAUAGUUUUUUUUCCCGUCUGCUUUGUAUUUAAGAGUCAGGGUCUUCAAACGGAAUUGUUUGUAUAUAUCGGAGAGAGAGAGAGAGAGAGAGAUAGUACACCUUUAUUCUGCGGUGAAAAGUUUGUUUUAAGAGAUUUUGCGAUUGCACUACUAAAACUAUAACAGGGUUGUCCGUUCAAUAAAUCAAACGUUCACGUUAGGUUUAAGAAAGCAAUAAAGACGAUAAGGAAUUGACCGAAAGCGUUCCAAGUGAGUGGUAAGCGUCAACGGACGAAUACCAAUCUCCUCCCUCCACUUCGGUGCCAUUUUAUGUCCUCACUAACUUUCGGUCAAACUUUUGAUGGCGUCUUAACUCUGGGCUAGGCCAGAACGGAGCCGGUUCUUUAGCACCAUUUCAAUUGGUCCCCAGCCUUUGGGGGGGCUGUUAUCAUGGUGGGGAGAGGUGCCCCCGAAGCUAGAUGUCUCCUUUAUUUUUUUUAAAAAAAAGGCGGGGUGGCAACGUACACCCGCGAAGAUCCUCCCCACCCCACCGGACCCCACAGCUGGGCUGUACAACUUCGUUACUAAAUGAUGAUAGCCGGAGGGUAUCUGCCGAGAGUCCAGCAGCUCUGGUCCGGUGAUGAUGCCUUGAUUCGAAUCAUUUGCCGCUGCUUAUCAGUUCGCAAGUCAGCUCAACAUGUUGAAAGUACACACAAAAAAAUAACAAGUGUUUAGCUACCUCAUUCCAAUAAAAAUCGAUUUGAUUAUUACAUUGCUACCCCUCCUGGCGGUUUUCGUUGCUUUCCGGGCGUUCUGUCUCCAAACAAUGCAGUUUUUAUGGGAUGUAUCUUUGGUCUACGAUCAAAUAAUCCUA